AUGAUGGGCGCCGGCACGACGUCGCCGCAUGGCACGUCGAGUCCCAUGAUGAGCAUGAACACCACAACAACAGAGCACGACUUCCGCUUUCCCCGUAGACCAACGGGUGGUCCUGGUGCGGUCCACGGGCCGCCUGGCCAGCGCCAGCAACACAACCACCACCACUACCACAACAACAACAACCUCAGCCUCGAUUUCCCCAGUCACCACUUCGAGCAGCAUGACUUUGGCACCAUGGGUGCCAUGGCUGACAUGCACACGUCGGUUUCGACCAUGGCGCCGUCGCACCCCGUGGAUGCCGUGGCACCGCCCACCAGUCCGUCCGCCGCUGGCCGUCUGGGCCUGGACGUGGAUACAUUGUUUCAGUCGGCCCAGAGCCAUCUGACGCGCGACGAUGUGUUUGCCGAUCUGCGACGGGGUGCCAGCGGCAGCAACACUUCGGCGACGCCCGGCAACCCCGAGGAGAUGCAGAAGCAGGACCCUCUGGCCACCGAGAUCUGGCGCUUCUUCUCCAAAACGAAGCAGCAGCUGCCCAACAUGGAGCGCAUGGAGAACCUGACGUGGCGCAUGAUGCACGUUAAGCUCAAGUCGGCCCAGCCCACAAUGCCCCCGCCUCCGAAGGCCGCCCCUGUUGCCAACGCCCCGAGCGGCAUCGCCCAGCUGCGCAAGUCCAGCGAGCAGAGCAUGUUGUUCCAGAAGAGCAACAACCACCACCAGCCAGCCUACGGCGUGCCCGGGUCAUCCAGCGACCACAUGAGCAUGGACGACUUCAUCGACCCGCGCAACGUGGCGUCGUCCGCCGACGUCACAGCUUUGACCCCGGAUGCUGCUGGUGGCAUGAUGAUCCCCGGCAGCAAGGACCGCCACUUGUCGGCUCACGCCGUCGCCGGCGCCAUCCCCAUUAAGUCCCGCCGGGAGUCUGGAAAGCCGUUUGUUCCCCAAAGCGUGCCCGUCGCCCAGCACCAGGUCGGCCAGGACGAGUUUGCCUACGUCACCCGCCAUCACCGCAAGACGAGCAUCGACGACCGUCGGACACGGAAACGGCCUGCCAACUUCUCGCCCCAUGUGCCGGCUUCUGGCAGCACGGCCGAUUUGGACGUCGACCCGGAACUUCAGGACUACGCUCUGGACCACACCAUCUCGAAUGGUCUCACCAACCGCGACCACCCCACACCGAACGGCAUCCCCUUCCCUCUGGACUCCUUUAUGGACAAUGAUGCCCUGUUGACCUCGGCGGGCCCGUUCCAGCAGCAAUUCUGCAUUUCGCCCUCCUCGUCUCCCAUGGUCAACCAUGGCCUCUUCUCCAACCUGUACGGCAACAGCGGCCCCUCCAUGCCUUCGUCGUCCAUCCCCACGACGGCCGACUACUACUCUCCGCCCGGUUCGGCCUACCACUCAACCGCCUCGACCCCGCACCCGCUUAACGACGGCAGUGUCGGCGGGCCCAAUGGCGAUGGCUUCUACUUUGGCGCCAUGGACAUCCGCGGCCCGUCCCAGCGUGGUCCUCAGGGCUUCCGCCAGGGUGCCCCCUCGACCACGAGUGCCAUCUCGUCGUCGAUCGCCAGCAGCAUCACGACGACUGCAGGCCACUCGGCAAACCCGCUCAUGUACGGCAGCAGUGCGGGCAACAGCAUCUUCCAGCCGAGCUCCAUGUCGACCACGGGCCCCGAGAGCGUGUCGGGCUUCUCGACCUCUUUUAGCCACAUCGACCCGACGCAGGUCUUCCACCAGCAGCACCACGAUGCCCAGGUGUCGGCUCCGUCCCCGGGCCUAUCCAACAGCAACAACUUGUUGAGCGACAACAUGUUUUCGUUUGGCGCCGAUUCCGAUGCCGACGAGGAGGAGGCGGGCGCGUUUGCUGACCGCAACAUGACCAUGAGCAGCGGCGAAUACUCGCCCGGCAUGGACGACCCUGGCAUGGACGGAAGCAGCGGUGGCCCUGGCUCGGUGGGCAACGGCAGCAACCUUGGCUGGGACGCGUCUCUUCCUGGCCAGUUCAGCACCCAGGCGGCACGCUACCCGGGUGGCAUCCCGCCACGCAAGCAGGUCACGAUUGGCGGCACCACCACCAACGAUUUCAGUGACAUGAACACGGUGGAGUGGGACGGUAGCAGCAGUUCCAUCAACGCCACCGGCAACAACCACAACAGCAGCGGCGCCAGCAGCCUCACGCGCUCGCAGUCGCAAUCUUUCCGCAACGGCAGCAUCAGCGGCGCCUCCACCACCGCCGACCGCCGCCAGCAGAAGGUGCCCCGCACGGCCUCGACGCCCAACGUCAACCGCGCCGGCAGCAUCUCGGGCGGCUUUGACAUGAUGGGCCAGUCGAACCCCAAUUCGCCGCCCAACGACCUGGGUGGCCACGCGUCAGGCUACAGCUCCGUGGCGCCCAGCCGCCCGUCCACGCCGCCCAUGCCUGGCUCCAAGCACGGCUCGUCCACCAACUUGCAGGCCCAGGGCGAGUCGUCGGCCCCGACAACGUGCACCAACUGUUUCACGCAGACCACGCCGCUGUGGCGCCGCAACCCCGAAGGCCAGCCGCUGUGCAACGCUUGUGGUCUCUUCUUGAAGCUGCACGGCGUCGUCCGCCCGCUGAGCUUGAAGACGGAUGUGAUCAAGAAGCGCAACCGUGGCUCGGGUGCCAGUCUUCCCGUGGGCGGCACGAGCACCCGGUCUGGCAAGAAGGGCGGCGCAUCGGCUUCCAGCACCCGCAAGAACUCGACGCUGUCCAUGACCGCCACGGCCUCGUCGUCCAACGUCACUAUCCAAUCGGCCGCGGCUGCGUCGUCGAGCGUCACGACACCGCCCUCGCAGCUCAACCGCGCCGGCAGCAUCAACGACAGCGAGAGUCCUUCCAGCGGAAACGGCGGCAACACAGCCGGCAGCACACCGGCCAGCUAUUCUGGUUCUGUCAGUGGCGGCAAGGGUGUCGUGCCCAUUGCUGCGGCGCCGCCCAAGAACACGCCCGGUCCUGGUGCUGCGUCCCUGCCGCGUGCUCUCGCUGCCGCGUCGUCGUCGUCGUCCACCACGUCCAAGCGCCAGCGCCGCCACAGCAAGAGCGUCAGCAAUAUAAACGCCAGCAGCUCCGCUACCAACACCACCAACACCACCAACAACAAAAACCAGUCCAUGGCCGUCACGCCCAGCGACGUCGGCCUCGGCGGCAGCAGCAUCAUGGACAUUGACAGCCCCGCCAACUCGACGGGCUCCAACGACGCGUCUGCGCUGUCCAUGAGCGCCAGCACGGGCCUCAACUUUUUGGAUAAGCACACCAGCAAUCUGGGCCUCGCCAAUGCCUUCGGUGUCACACAGCGCCCGAUUGUCAGCCCCAGUAUGAUCGGCAUGGGCCCUGCGGCCUCGGGCGGCUCGAUGAUGACACCUGGUGGCUCGGCGGGCGGUCCACAGGAGUGGGAGUGGCUCACCAUGAGUCUUUAA